GCCACAUGAAAAUAAAACCUAUCUUGCUGUUGGGAGUAUGAAGACGUUAAUGUUGAAUGUGUCCCUGUUUAAUGCUGGAGAUGACGCGUUCGAAACAGCUCUGCAUGUCAUGCUACCCACAGGUCUUUACUUCGUUAAGAUUUUAGACCUAGAAGAGAAACAAAUAAACUGUGAAGUAACAGACAACUCUGGUGUAGUAAAGCUUGACUGCAAUGUUGGUUAUAUAUAUGUAGAUCAUCUGUCAAGGAUAGAUAUUAGCUUUCUCCUGGAUGUGAGUUCACUCAGCAGAGCAGAAGAAGACCUCAACAUCACAGUGCAUGCCACCUGUGAAAAUGAAGGGGAAAUGGAUGCUUUAAAGCAUAACAAAGUGACUUUAGCGAUUCCUCUCAAGUAUGAGGUUAUGCUCACUGUUCAUGGGUUUGUAAACCCAACUUCAUUUGUGUAUGGACCGACUGAUGAAAAUGAGCCUGAGAACUGCAUGGCAGAGAAAAUGAACUUCACUUUCCAUGUUAUCAACACUGGCAAUAGCAUGGCUCCAAAUGUUAGUGUGGAAAUAAUGGUACCCAAUUCUUUUAUUCCCCAAACUGAUAAGCUGUUCAACAUUUUGGAUGUCCAGCCUACGACUGGAGAAUGCCAUUUUAAAACUUACCAAAGAGAGUGUGCAUUAGAACGGCCGAAGGGUGCAAUGGAAACCUUGAAAGGCAUCUUCACAUUUUUAUCAAAGACUGAUAAGAGGCUAUUGUACUGCAUAAAAGCUGAUCCACAUUGUUUAAGUUUCUUAUGCAAUUUUGGGAAAAUGGAAAGUGGAAAAGAAGCCAGUGUUCACAUUCAGUUGGAAGGCCGACCAUCUAUCUUAGAAAUGGCUGGCUUCUUUAAAAGACAAUAUAAAUCUGUCCUACAAGAGGAAAACAGAAGAGACAGUUGGAGUUACAUCAACAGUAAAAGCAACAAUGAUGAUUAA